AUGAAACAAGCCAGUCCACGAGAGGAUCAUCUACUGAAAGGAUCUGAUGUUUCUCCAGCUGAGUCUCUAGUGGCAGGCUCGAUCUCGGGAGCAGUUGCCAGAGCCAUCACUGCUCCCAUGGACACUAUCAAGAUCAGACUUCAGCUCCAACAUAGUCAAAAGCAGCAUAUCUCAGGCUCCCAAACGAUCAUGAAUCUCCUUAAAAAGGAGGGUAUCAAGGCGCUAUGGAAGGGUAAUGUUCCCGCCGAGAUCCUCUACAUACUAUACGGAGCAUCUCAGUUCACAUCCUACUCGUAUUUAAACACUCAUCUUCGAGAAUUGCAAAACUCAUGGAACUUCAAUAUCAGUCCUUCAUUUCACACAUUCAUUGUUGGUUGCGGCGCUGGUUUGACAAGCACGGUGGUGACAUACCCCUUCGAUCUUCUCCGAACCAGGCUAGCAGCCAGUGAAGCAAAGAACUUUUUGUCCAUGACAAAGGUCGCCAAACACUUACACGAAGAAAAAGGUAUUCUAGGCUUCUUUGCAGGCAUCCGACCCUCGCUUCUUUCUAUUAUUGCAUCUUCUGGUCUCUUCUUCUGGUCGUACUCGCUUGCUAGAGCGGCCACGAACAGAAUUUAUGACAAAUUUGGCUUUCAGGUGUGGGGCGUUGAAGCAGUUUGUGGAUUCACAGCAGGGACAACUGCCAAAGGCAUCACAUUUCCCUUAGACACGUUGCGAAAAAGGAUGCAGAUGGACAGUCUGAGGAGCGGUCUUCAACUCUUCCUAACAAACCUAAGGCAGCACGGAAUUCUCGGCUUUUAUAGAGGGUUCCUUGUCUCUCUCAUGAAGUCAGCGCCUUCAAGCGCCAUCUCAGUCUUCGUCUACGAAUACUCCAUCAAUUUCACCAGAAAGGCUAGGUUGCUUGUUCAAUAG